AUAUAACUGUAAUAAAGAAAAGCAAAAUGACGGUGAGUGAAGUGAAUCACUUUCUCUCUCUCUGAUUAGUAGAAGAAAAAAAGACCACCCGAUCUGACUGACACAAACACUCUCUUCUUUUUCUUCUCCUUCCUUAAAAACAAUGGCGGUUGCGUUCUCUCUUCAAUAACUAACUCAACAAACCACUAUACUAUAGUCACUCAAAAACAUAGUGAGAAAAACGGUUAAAUCAAUAGUAGUAAGUAGCAACAACCUCACAGUGGCGCCGCCAUCAUUUACUGAAGAAAAAACCCGACCCGAUUUCUUUAUCACUUUUUUAUUUUUAAUAAGCACACUGUUUUCUGGUUCCCUCUCUUGAAAAAUAAAAGAGAACAAGUGUUUGCGUUUCUAUUCUUGGUCGUUUUCUGUUACAACGUUAGCUUCACUUUCUGACUCUACUCUGAGCUCAUUCCCAGCUUCAUUCUGCUCUUUUUUUUUCCCUCGAGAUCCGUUGCUCUUUGGGAUUCGUUGCUUCUUUGACUGAGAUCUGUUUGGUUUUUGAGCUUGUUGCCAAAUUUGGGUGUCAAGGUAAAUAACCAAAGCUUACUCUCUGUGUUGAAAACGUUGUAUUAUGGUUCAACACUGGAACUUGAGGUGGGGGCGGUUGUGGGGGUUGAAGAACGAAUGAAGGGUAUUAGGAAAACGAUUUUCUUCUUUAGUCAAACUGAUUUUGGUUGAGGAUUCAAAAAGGUGAAAAUUUUCAUUCUCUUCUUAGGCUCUUAGUUGAUUUUUGAGGUAAUUCAGUAUCUGGGUGUUUGAGUUUUGGUUGGUGAAAGGGGUGAUAAAGAUAAGAAGAAUGAUAUUCUGGAGUUGGAAAGAAGAAACCAAGAGGAUUUGUUUUUGGUUUGGGGUUCAUCUUGUGGAAAUUUGUGUACUUGAAAAUCAUUGAUUUUGUUGGGUUUGGUUUUAACUUUUAGAAGGUUUCAAAAUUGCUGAAAUGAAAUUCUCUUCAGCUGGUUUUAGUCCUCCACCUCCUGAAGGGGAGAAACGGGUUCUAGAUUCAGAACUUUGGCAUGCUUGUGCUGGUCCUCUUGUUUCUUUGCCAGCUGUUGGAAGCCGUGUGGUCUACUUUCCACAAGGUCACAGUGAACAGGUUGCUGUAUCUACCAACAGGGAAGUUGAUACUUACAUCCCCAAUCCAAGCUUACCUCCCCAACUUAUUUGCCAACUUCAUAAUUUGACUAUGCAUGCAGAUACUGAGACAGAUGAAGUGUAUGCACAAAUGACCUUGCAACCUCUAAAUCCUGAAGAGCAAAAAGAAGCAUAUCUUCCUGCGGAGUUGGGAGCUGCAAGUAAACAGCCAACAAACUACUUUUGCAAAAUUUUGACAGCCAGUGAUACAAGCACUCACGGUGGAUUCUCUGUUCCUCGCCGUGCAGCAGAAAAAGUUUUUCCUCCAUUGGACUUUUCACAACAGCCUCCUGCUCAAGAGUUGAUUGCAAGAGAUUUGCAUGGUAUUGACUGGAAAUUCAAACAUAUCUUCCGCGGUCAGCCCAAAAGGCAUUUGCUUACUACAGGGUGGAGUGUCUUUGUGAGUGCCAAAAGACUUGUUGCUGGUGAUUCAGUGCUGUUUAUAUGGAAUGAAAAAAAUCAAAUGCUUCUUGGUAUUCGGCGUGCUAAUCGACCACAACCUAUGAUGCCUUCAUCAGUGUUGUCAAGUGAUAGCAUGCACUUGGGGCUACUUGCUGCGGCAGCUCAUGCAGCUGCAACAAACAGUCGUUUCACCAUUUUCUACAACCCACGUGCUAGCCCAUCAGAAUUUGUUAUACCCCUGGCAAAGUAUGUUAAAGCUGUAUAUCAUACUCGAGUUUCAGUUGGUAUGCGCUUCAGGAUGCUUUUUGAAACAGAGGAAUCUAGUGUUCGGCGUUACAUGGGAACGAUAACUGGCAUCAGCGAUCUGGAUUCUGUCCGUUGGCCAAAUUCACAUUGGCGCUCAGUCAAGGUUGGCUGGGAUGAAUCCACAGCUGGUGAAAGGCAACCUAGAGUUUCUCUAUGGGAAAUUGAGCCACUCACAACAUUUCCAAUGUAUCCGUCGCCAUUCCCCCUUAGGCUUAAAAGACCAUGGCCUCCAGGACUUCCUUCAUUCCACGCAGGCUUGAAGGACGAUGAUUUUGGCAUGAACUCUCCACUAUUGUGGCUUCGAGAUACAGAUAGAGGGCUUCAAACUCUUAAUUUUCAAGGGAUCGGUGUUAAUCCUUGGAUGCAGCCGAGGCUUGAUCCUUCCAUGAUGCAUUUGCAACCAGAUAUGUACCAAGCUAUGGCAGCGGCUGCGCUUCAGGAUAUGAGGACUUUCGACCCUUCUAAACAGCAGCAUCCUGGUUCCUUACUUCAAUUUCAGCAGCCGCAGAAUUUCACCAAUGGUACCGCUACUUUAAUGCAGAACCAGAUGUUGCAGCAAUCUCAACCUCAGCAAGCUUUUCCAAAGAAUCAAGAAAAUCAGCAUCCAUCCCAAUCUCAAUCUCAGCCUCAAACUCAAUCACAUUUCCAGCAGCUUCUUCAGCAUCAGCACUCAUUCACUAAUCAAAAUCAUCAUCAUCUACAGCAGCAGCAACAGCAGCAGCAGCAGCAGCAGCAGCAACAACAACAACAAAAAUCACAACAGCAGCAACAAGUUGUAGAUCAUCAGCAAAUUUCAAGUGCCGUCUCAACAAUGUCUCAGUUUGUCUCGACACCUCAAUCUCAACCGACACAGCCCAUGCAAGCUAUCUCUUCAAUUGGUAAUCAGCAAAAUUUCACUGAUUCAAAUGGGAAUCAUGUAACUACUUCUAUUGUUUCACCUUUGCACAAUAUGUUGGGUUCAUUUCCCAACGACGAAACAUCUCACCUCCUCAACCUUCCUAGACAAAACUCUUGGGUUCCGGUUCAAUCAUCAACUGCAUGGCCCUCCAAGCGUGUCGCAGUGGAUCCUCUCCUUUCUUCUGGAGGAACUAAUUAUGUUUUGCCUCAAGUGGAGCAGCUAGGGCAGUCACAGACUACCAUGUCUCAAAAUGCUGUUAUCCUGCCACCGUUUCCCGGCAGGGAGUGUGCUAUAGAAGGGAGCACCGAUCCACAAAACCAUCUUUUGUUUGGUUUUAACAUAGAGCCCUCAUCGCAUCUAGUGUAUAAUGAGAUGCCGAACCUUAAGAGGGUCAACAGCAACUGUGACUCAUCAACUGCGCCUUUCCAAUCUUCUACUUACCUGAAUACUGCAGGCGCUGAUUCUUCAUUGAAUCCUGGAAUGACACACGGCAUUGGUGAGUCGGAUUUCCUGCAAACUCCAGAAAAUGGAGGUCAAGGAAACCAACCAAACAGAACCUUUGUGAAGGUUUACAAGUCUGGGUCCUUUGGUAGAUCGUUGGAUAUCACUAAAUUCUCCAACUACCAUGAGCUACGCAGUGAGCUUGCUCGCAUGUUUGGGCUUGAACGCGAGUUGGAGGACCCUGUAAGAUCAGGCUGGCAGCUUGUAUUUGUUGAUCAAGAGAAUGAUGUUCUUCUCCUCGGUGAUGGUCCAUGGCCGGAAUUUGUAAAUAGUGUAUGGUGCAUCAAGAUACUUUCCCCUCAGGAAGUGCAGCAAAUGGGAAACAAUGGUCUAGAGCUUCUGAACUCAGCUCAGAAUCAAAGGCACUCUAAUGGCAUCUGUGAUGAUUACACCGGCCGUGAGGACUCGAGAAAUUUAAGCACCGGGUUAGCAACUGUGGGGUCUUUAGACUACUGAAUGUUGUUGUGACAACAAAUACUGUGAAUUUCUUCUCUCUUGUAUUAUUACACUCUUACUUCUCAACCCUCUUAAAAUGGUGGGAAGUGGUACCUAGUUGUAGUUUUAUAUAGCUUACUCAUAAGCCUUUUGUUUUCCAGUUUUUAAUGCCUAAAACAAUUCAUGAGCUAAACAAUGAAGCUAUAUGGCAUUUCUCAUUGUGGUUCCUAUAAUAUAUUGGUCUCCACAACUCAAUUGUAGAACUCAACUUAUGUUCUUAACUUAUGAUCUUAUGAUUGAACAGAAUAUUAUGUUUUA